AUGACUGCUCCAGAGUGUGGUGUGCUUGUGAGAAAUGGAGGAAGUUUUGAAGAUGAUUUGUCACUUGGAGCUGAAGCCAACCACCUCCAUGAAAGUGAUGCUCAAAUUGAAAACUGCAAUAAUAGCUUGGCCAAAGAGAGAAGACUACAGUUUCAUCAGAAAGGGAGAAGUAUGAAUUCCACUGGAUCUGGGAAAAGCAGUGGGACAGUCUCAAGUGUUUCUGAAUUGUUGGAACUUUAUGAGGAAGAUCCUGAAGAAAUUCUUUAUAAUCUUGGAUUUGGACGAGAUGAACCAGAUAUUGCUUCUAAAAUUCCAUCAAGAUUUUUUAAUUCAUCAUCAUUUGCCAGAGGGAUAGAUAUAAAAGUAUUUUUGAGUGCUCAAAUGCAACGGAUGGAAGUAGAAAACCCAAAUUAUGCUUUAACAAGUCGUUUUCGUCAAAUUGAAGUGCUUACUACUGUGGCCAAUGCAUUUUCUUCAUUAUAUUCCCAAGUCUCUGGGACUCCUCUGCAGAGAAUUGGAAGUGUGUCUUCUGUGACCUCAACCAAGGAGACAGACUCCCCUCCUCCACCUUUAACUCGAAGUAACACUGCAAAUCGUUUAAUGAAAACACUAUCAAAACUAAAUUUAUGUGUUGAUAAAACAGAGAAAGGAGAAGGGAAUAGUCCUUCCCCAACAAUGGAAAAAGGGAAGGCUGUAAAUGUCAUAGCGAUGGAAGAAAGUGUUAAUAAAAAUGAUCAAAAAUCUCAAAAAAUGAUAAAGAAGAAAGACUCAGCUUUCUUGUUGGCUACAGUUAAAGAAGAAACAUCAGGUAUCUCAGCAACUAUUACUGAGAGUGCUGGCAGUGAUAAACUUUCUGAUGAAGCAAAUAGUACCUUGAAUGAAGAAACUGAAGGUGUACAAAAUAAAGCACCUCAAGGUCAAGAGAAUAGACAGGAUGAUGAGGAACCUGGUGUCCUAGAGUCUGAUUUAAAUAGUGACUUUAACAUGCCCAGCCACAGUGAACUAGAGCAUAACAGUGAGCUGAAAGAUACGUCCCUAUCUGAACCAGAGCCAUGUGCGCCACUGACGAACCCAUCCAUAAGAAAUAUAAUGGUACAGCAGAAGGACUCCUUCGAAAUGGAAGAGAUUCAAAGUACAGAGGGGGAGGCUCCUCAUGUUCCAGCUGCAUACCAGCUAGGUCUGAUCAAAUCCAAAAGAGAUCAUCUAUUACGUACUGCAAGUCAGCAUUCUGAUAGUAGUGGUUUUGCUGAAGAUUCAACAGACUUUCACUCCCUUAAUCAUCUUCAGGUUCAGGAGUCUUUGCAGGCCAUGGGGAGUAGUGCUGACAGUUGUGACAGUGAGACCACAGUCACUUCAUUUGGGGAAGACCUUGUCACACCAACAGGUCAAGACCAGCCUUAUUUUAAUGAGUCUGAGGAGGAGUCUCGUGUCCCUCUUAAGAAGGGAAGAGAGAAAGUAGCAACGAGUGCUGAUAAAAGAAAGUCAGAGAGCCAAAGUUUCCCUAAAAGUGAGACUGUUGAGGCUGGUGGGGAUGAACUGUUCCCCUGUCGUCCAGAGGACUGCGUACCCCAAGUCACCAAAACGCAGGAGGAUGCUUCUCCAGCCCAGAGAGUUGAGUUACCAAGGGAAGAAAGUGCUGAAAGUGAAGGGGAUAAAAUUAGUGAAUGUGAAUUUACCCAGUACAACACACAUCAUAUUCUUAAGUCGUUGGCUUCCAUUGAGGCUAAAUGCAACGAAAAGGGCUCUGAGGAGACUGUGAUGCCUACUCCCUCUUCUGUGGACAGAGUUAAUACAGCUUUGCAAAGAGCUCAGAUGAAGAGUCAGAGAGUAGGGCGUACACUGAUAAAAUCAAAAGAUCUACUAAAACAGAGGUACUUAUUUGCGAAAGCUGGCUAUCCUCUGAGAAGGUCUCAGUCUUUACCUACCACCUUACUGAGCCCAGUAAGGGUGGUGUCUGCUGUCAAUGUUCGCUUGUCUCCAGGAAAAGAGACCAGAUGCAGCCCUCCUUCCUUCACCUACAAGUACACACCUGAAGAGGAGCAGGAAUUGGAACAAGAAGUGACUGGGCCUGAUGGCCAGUCUCUAAUUAAAUCCACUAUUUUCAUCUCUCCAUCUUCUGUGAAGAACGAAGCAGCCUCCCCGAGUGAGGCGAACCAGCUGGAAGAGUGCCGCCAUCGACGGCCUCCCUCCUGCUUGCAGGCUCCAGCGCCUAUCUCACAGUCCACCUGCUCCCUUCACUCUGUCCCCUGCGAGUGGCCAGAGAGGCCGCUGUGUGAGCACAUGAGGACUCUGAGCACUCAUAGUGUCCCCAACAUAUCUGGCACCCCCUGUAGUGCUUUCUCUCCCCCUCUUGGGUGUCCUUACUCACAUAGACAUGCUGCCUGCCCCUACCGGCCAUACCCUGUGAACCCACCUUCGGCCAUCGAAAUGCAGCUGCGAAGAGUGUUGCAUGAUAUUAGAAACUCACUGCAGAAUCUUUCACAGUACCCUAUGUUGAGAGGACUUGAUCUUGCUGCUGCUCCAUACAGUACCCAGAAAUCAUCUGUUCUACCUCUUUAUGAAGGAAUGUGUGGCAGUAGAAGCGCUGAUAACUUGUCAUGCCCUUCUCCAUUGAAUGUAAUGGAACCAGUCACUGAGUUGAUGCGGGAACAAUCGUAUCUGAAGUCAGAAUUGGGCUUGGCACUCGGAGAAGUAGGGUUUGAAAUUCCUCCUGGAGAAAGCUCCGAAUCUGUCUUCUCCCAAGCAACAUCCGAGUCCUCCUCUGUGUGUUCUAGUCCCUCUCGUGCUAAUAAAAGAACUGCAGUACGUUCUGGUGACUCAAGCAAACCCAGAACCCAGUUAGUGUCAAGCAAGAAAGUAUUCCGUGCAUCAGUUGCCCUCACACCAACAGCUCCUUCUAGAACAGGUUCUGUGCAGACACCUCCAGAUUUAGAAAGUUCUGAGGAAGCUGGAGCAGCUGAAGAUGCUGCAGAGGCUGGAGGACGUACAUCUGCAGUGGAAGAGGGACAUAGAAAUAUCCCAUUAGUGCCAGCUGCUGAGGAGGUGCAUACAGAUGUGGAGCAGGACGAAUUACAGCAAGUGAUACGGGAGAUUAAAGAGUCUAUCGUUGGAGAAAUUAGACGGGAAAUUGUAAGUGGACUUUUGGCAGCAGUAUCUUCAAGUAAAACAUCUAAUUCUAAGCCAGACAAAUAA